UCCACGAUUUUUCCGUUUUUUUUUCUAAACUUCUCUUCAUAAACUCUUUACUCAUUCUUAUUCUAUGCGGUCGCAACCCCAGCAAAUAACAAAGUUCUUUUUUUCUGCGUAUCUUUAAGUCCACCUACGUGAUCGUGUUGUCUAAAGAGUUUCGCCAGAAUAUCACUUGACAUACAAAGUAAAUUAAUACCAUAUAUAGCCUAUCCCGGCAGUAGUGUACAUAAUCUCCAACUAAGAUACUUAAAAGUGCAUUUGGUGUAUGAGUGAAUUUCUUUCACCUUAUUUGAUCGCCUUAUCAAAUCUCAGCGGUGAUCGUGAUUGUCCAGAUGUGGAUGAUCAAGUGAUUCCACCUUGCUACUACCACCCGCACGCUAUAUGGAUACAGUAGGCGAUCAAAUUGUGCCGUCGUCAAAUUUGUGGGUAAUGCAGUCACCAGAACUAGAGUAUCGGCAUGAGCUGAUGGGCCGACUUCACAAAUUGGACACAGACAUUGAACUCGAGGUUGUGCAACAUCACCAGAUCGGUGAUUCGCCGGAUGCUGGAGGAUCCAGUGUAGUGAGCGGAAGUGCUUUUGGACAUCAUCAGAUAUACGAGAGCUAUGGUAGAGAUUUCUUUUUCGGGACAAAAGGCAAAGAAUUACUGUGCAAUGAGGUGGACGACAGCUUUCUGCGGCCUCCCCUGUGGGAGGAUAUCACUAGUUCUAUCCAAAAUAUCGAUCCAGAAAAUGCUAUUAUGCUGGGAACGAUAGCAGGAGCUACACAAGUUAAACUAGAGGCAACGGAUGAUCAUCUUCUGGAACCUCUGGCAUCACCUCUCCUCAGUCCGCUAGAGAUUAAAACCGAAAAGUCCCACCCACAGCAGCAUCAGAGUCUCUCGAGCUCAGCUCUACACCAACCAUCGUCUGGCCAUCAUGGUCAGAACGGUGGUGGAGUCUAUCACCUGCCUCCUUCAAGUUAUCCACCGCCUCAACAUCCGCACCAGUCGCAUGGACUCCAAGGACCCCUCAAUGGUUACCUGGGAUCCACGACAAAUGGCAACCAUCCUCACAAUGGGGGCCAUGUUCACAUGCCAAACUCCAGCCAAGGAAACUACUACAGUUGGCAACAAAAUCAUUCUCAUAACUACCACAGUAAAAUGUCGCCGCAGAACUCAAAUUUUUGCGCGCCGAUCUCCCGGCUCAUGUACGUCCCGCCGCUCACACCACCCAGCUCAGACCCUGGCAGUCCGGGAAACUCACUGCAGGGUCCCCCACGUCGAACCCCUCCGCCACCUUACUUGCAGCAGCCACAGCCUGCUGCAGCACACCCAGUCUCUCUCUCGCAGACCUGCAAUGCAUCUCUGCCCAGUUCGGUACACGCAUCCACCGGAAGCCACCAUCCGACAACACCAAAUGGAAUCCCCAGCGGAGGUGGCGGCAGUCUACCGAGCCACAGGAACAACUCAUCGUCCUCGGCAAUUGUUCUGCAGGGGGCACAAGUGAAGAUUGUUGGCAAGUACAACCGGCGGAACAAUCCCGAGUUGGAGAAGCGACGGAUACAUCACUGUGAUUUUCUCGGAUGCACAAAAGUUUACACGAAAAGUUCGCACCUAAAAGCCCAUCAACGGAUUCACACAGGUGAAAAGCCAUACACGUGCCAGUGGCCAGAGUGUGAAUGGAGAUUCGCGAGAUCAGACGAACUCACCCGCCACUACAGGAAGCACACAGGUGCCAAGCCAUUUAAAUGUGUGGUUUGCGAGAGAAGCUUCGCCAGGAGUGACCAUUUAGCGCUCCAUAUGAAGAGGCAUCUGCCCAAGAGCAAAUAGGUAUUGCACUCCAAACACCAGGCGUCUCCACCGAAAAAUUUACUACCGACUUUAAUACUGACAAAAUAAUUUUAAAACAAUCUUCGGAACCUCUCUCUCAGUUAAUAGUGUUAUUCUUCCUUUUGUCUCUCAAAGAUGAUAUUUCUCUUUGUCUAUUAAUUUUAAUUGCUACCUCUGCUGUUAGAGCCUCCCUUUUUAAUAUUAUUACACAGGGUGUUUCACAUUUUGCAUGAUUGACAUGUUAAGGUUAUGUUACGGUUUUGACUCUAUUUGGGUGAAUCUGAAGUUCGAUCUGA